GGAGCCGGGAGCCAGAGCCGCAGCUUAGAGGCCGAGGCGCUCACAGCUAUGGGCCGGGGGUCUCCGAGAGCUCAAGGGUCGUCGGCCCUGCGGCUGCUGCUGCUACUGCGGCUAUCCUGGCAGGUGUGGGGGGCCGAGGCGUUUCUCGGAAACACCCCUGGAGAGCCAGUCACCCCUCACUGGGUCCUGGAUGCAGCACCCAGGCGCAUGAUCACCCUGGAGGAGCUGGUCUUGAAGCCAGACACGGGGCUGGUGACCCUGGAGGCUGAAGGCCAGGAGCUCCUGCUGGAGCUGGAAAAGAACCACAGGCUGCUGGCCCCAGGAUACAGAGAAACCCACUACAGCCCAGAGGGGCAGCCAGUGGUGCUGGUCCCCGGCCACACGGAUCACUGUCACUACCGUGGGCGUGUGAGAGGCUUCCCAGACUCCUGGGUCACCCUUAGCACCUGCUUUGGGAUGAGGGGUCUGAUCAUGCUCAAUAGCAAUGCCAGUUAUUAUGUGCAUCCCUGGCCAUCUGGGGACGCCGAGAAUGUCUCAACCCACAAGAUCUUCCGGACAGAGCAGCUGCUCAGCUGGAAAGGAGCCUGUGGCCACAGCGACUCUGGAGACAAAGGAGACAUGGCCAGCUUUUCUCAUGCCACCCGGAUCAGGGAGAGGAGGGAGGCCCGCAGGAGCCCGUGGUACCUGGAGCUGUACAUAGUGGCUGACCACACCCUGUUCUUGACCCAGCGCCAGAACUUGAACCACACCAAACAGCGUCUACUGGAAGUUGCCAGCUACGUGGACCAGAUUCUCAGGACUCUGGACAUUCAGGUGGCGCUGACUGGCCUGGAAGUGUGGACCAAGAAGGAUCAGAGCCCUGUCACACCCGACGCGAACGCCACACUCUGGGCCUUCCUGCAGUGGCACCAGAGACUGUGGGCGCCGCUGCCACACGACUCAGCACAGCUGCUCACGGGCCGUGCCUUUCAGGGCAACACUGUGGGCCUAGCGCCCAUUGAGGGUAUGUGCCAUGCAGAGAGCUCUGGAGGCGUGAGCACGGACCACUCGGAGCUCCCCAUUGGCGCUGCAGCGACCAUGGCCCACGAGAUAGGCCACAGCCUCGGCCUCAGCCACGACCCCGAUGGCUGCUGCAUGGAAGCGUCAGCCGAGCAGGGCGGCUGCGUCAUGGCAGCAGCCACUGGGCACCCGUUCCCGCGAGUGUUCAGUGCCUGCAGCCGCCGCCAGCUGCGCGCCUUCUUCCGUAAGGGGGGCGGCGCGUGCCUCUCCAACUCACCGGACUCCCGGCUCCUGGUGGCGCGGACACGCUGCGGGAACGGCUUCGUGGAAGAGGGCGAGGAGUGCGACUGCGGCACCGGCCAGGAGUGCCUGGACCCCUGCUGCUUUGCCCAUAACUGCUCGCUGCGUGUCGGGGCCCAGUGUUCCCACGGGGACUGCUGCGCGCGCUGCCUGCUGAAGCCUGCCGGCGCGCCUUGCCGCCGGGCUGCGGGCGACUGUGACCUCCCCGAGUUCUGCACGGGCGCCUCUCCCUACUGCCCUCCAGACAUUUACCUACUAGAUGGCUCGCCCUGCGCCAGCGGCCGCGGCUACUGCCGGGACGGUGCGUGUCCCACGCUCGAGCUGCAGUGCCAGCAGCUCUGGGGGCCUGGCUCUCGCCCUGCCCCAGAAGCCUGCUUCCAGGUAGUGAACUCUGCAGGAGAUGCCCAUGGGAACUGCGGCCAGGACGACAAGGGUGGCUUUGUGUCUUGUGCUCAGAGGGAUGUGCAGUGUGGGAAGCUGCAGUGCCAGGGCGGGGAGCAGAGCCCACUGGCACCACACAUGGUGCCGGUAGACUCUAUCUUCCGCCUAGGCAGCCAGGAGGUGACCUGCAGGGUAGCCUUCCUGCUACCCAGUGCCCAGCUCAACCUGCCUAACUUGGGCCUGGUAGAGCCAGGCACCCAGUGUGGACCUAGCAUGGUGUGCCAGGACAGGCGCUGCCAGAACACUACCUUCUGGGAGCUGGAACAUUGCCUGACCGCCUGCCACGGCCAUGGAGUUUGCAAUAGUAACCACAACUGCCACUGCGAUCUGGGCUGGGCUCCACCCUCCUGUGACAAGCCAGGGUUUGGUGGUAGCAUGGACAGUGGCCCUGUGCAGCCUGAAAACCAGGAUGCCUUCCUGCUGGCAGUGGUCUUUAGCUUCCUGCUGCCUCUGCUCCCUGGGGUUGGCCUGGCCUGGUGCUGCUACCGGCAACCAGGAUCCCGGCUCCAGCAAUGCCUGUGCAGCUCAAGGAGGGACCUCGUCUGCAGUGGGCCCAAAGAAGGUCCACGCAGGGAGCACCCCCUGCGCAGUGUUCACCUCAUGGAAUUGGGCCCAAUGACCACUGGAGAGCCCCAGCCCUUGGACCUUGAGAUCUCUGCCAGAGCCCAGCAGCCACCUUGAAAAGCCUGUGCCCCGUGGCCCUGCCUGCACCCCAAGCAGGGAAGUCAAGAUCCUGUUUCUGAUGAGAAGGGGAUCCUGAGAUGAGGACACUUAAAGACAAGUGGCUGCUGACAGCCACUCCAAGCACUUGGAGCCCCAGGAGCUGAGCCAGCGAGUAAGCUGAUUUCCUGCACCUUCAGGCAGCUUGCAAGUUUCUUCCCCGAGUUACCUCUGGCCUACUCACUCCAGGACCCCAAAGCAUCAGAAUUUGCCCAAUACUGCCCCAGUUCCUUAGCGUCGGAGAUCCUGUUUGGGUACACAGGCCAGGCCAAGAAUCCAUCUGUUAUGUAAAACUCUGUUAUGUAAAACUUCUCCUGCCUGAAAAAACAAAGAAAAAGGCUGAUAACUC